GAAUGCUGUUGUUCUGAUCCUCCCUUAGAUGUAGUUUCCAUUACCGGAAAACGAAAGUCAAGGCGCAACGAGGCAGUUCAUGAGAUGUACGCCUUAAUGCCCCGCCCGUUUUAUCAGCAGUGAGCAUUUAAAGCUCUGUGCUCAACAACAUCCCAUCAUUUACAGCAAAACUUAAGAUACACAUCACUUUACAGAACUACGGAGGAAACAGCUGAAUGAUGAGUGCCUCUAAGAGUCAAACACCGGUGUCCAAACUGGAGGCCCUGCAGUGCCACUUCACCUGGGAUCUGGACCCCAGCAGAUCCUUACUUAUACGUCUAAGAGAAAACGUGAAGGACAUUGGCACUGAGGAGGGAAACAGCUGGCUGGGUCACAUCUACAACCUGCGAGGGUUCAUUCAGUACAAGCUGGGCUUCAGUGAAGACGCCCAAAGUUUCUUCAACAAGGCUACAGAGGCCUUCAAUAACAUGAGAAACGCAGGUGAGGGCCCCUGGUUAGUGGUGAACUACGGGAACCUGGCUUGGCUGCACCACCACCUGGGAGAGCAAGCAGAGAGCGAGGCCUACCUGUCAAAGAUCGACGCCCUGAAUAAAAAAUACCCAUCUCCAUCCCAGGAGGAGCUCCACCCGGAGACCUACGCUGAAAAAGCCUGGACCCUGAUGAACUUCAGCGCAGACAAAAAGCUGCUGUCUGCAGAUUACUUCCAGAAAGCCAUCAAGAUGCAGCCGGACAUGGUGGAGUGGAACACUAGCUACAUCAUAGGGUUAGUGAAUGCUUCUAAGCACAGCAGCACAGGGCUGAAAGAGGAAAUCUUGGAGAAAAUGAGAAUCGCUCAGGAACAGGAUCCAGAGAACUUGUACCUCGCUGUUAAAUACCUUGAUCAACGUGCUAAGAGAGGAGAAAGUAUUGAAGAUGAAGCACGUGAGUUAGCCAGAGAGGUUUUAAGGAAUCCUGUCAGCAGCUACAGUGGUUUUAAAGCCAUACUAAGGGUUUACAGAACAUAUUUACCUGUUGAUGAGGCUAUUGAUUUGGCAGAGGAGGCUCUGAAGGACCAUCCAGAUGAGCGUUAUCUGAAGAGAUGCGCUGCUCUCUGCUACAAAUGGAAGAUAACUAUUUCCAGGGACAGUCGCCCAAAGAAAAGCAUGAUAGACAGAGCAGUGGGUCUCCAUGAGGAGGUGAUUUCUCUCUACCCUCAUUCUUCCCUUGUGAAGAAGAUGGACCUUGCAAAUGUGUAUGCAAAGGCAAAUUAUGGCCAGGCUAAAGCUGAGCAGAUAUAUCAGGAACUGCUAGAAAGGGAUUUGGAACCAGCAGACAAACAGGUGCUUUACAACAACUACGCAAGAUAUUUAAAUUUCGAUCGAAAGGAGUAUCAAAAGUCACUCAAAUAUCACAUGAAGGCAGCAGCAAUACCGCACCAAUCCUUCUAUCGUGACAGCAGCAUCAAAGUUCUGGAGAAGAUCAGGGCCAAAGGCAGGGACAGAAUGUGCGGAGAAAUAAGGGAGUUUCUGGCAAACCUGUAAGAGCCGUAGUGUUUUUAACAGCACAGGUAAAACAAUCAGAACAAAACGUAGGUAUUGCACUACCUAAAAAUAAUCUGUAUACUUAUUGAUUGAGAAGAUGUAUAAUAAUAAUAAUAAUAAUAAUAAUAAUAAUAAUAAUACAUGAGGCUUGUAUAGCGCUUUUCAGGAAACUCAAAGACGCUUUGACAGAGAAUUAAAAAAACAAACAACAAAAAACAAAACAAAGAAAAAUACAAAAAGAGAUAAACAGAACAGAAAAUAGGGGGGGGGGGUCAGUGGUUGAAUGCAGUGUUGAACAGGUGGGUUUUGAGUGAUGUUUUGAAUGCUGUGAGGGAGGAAGAAUCUCUGAUGGGUUGGGGUAGUGAGUUCCAGAGGGUGGGUGCAGCAACGGAGAAGGCUCUAUCGCCCCAGGACUUGAGGUUGGUCCGGGUGGGGGGGGACAGGAGGUUGGCAGCAGCAGAGCGAGUGGGAGUGUGUCUGUGGAGGAGGUCAGUCAGGUAGGAUGUAUCUGAGAGUUUAUGCAGUGAAAAACUGUCAGCAGUAGUAGCCUACACUCAAUUUAGGAAAUAAGCCACAUCCUUUAUAACACUGGUUGUUGACAUGUUGUUUUCCUGAACUAUGUGUAUGUUGUUUCCAUGUGCACUGUUCUUUCUAGCAAAAUACUCUAUAACCUAUGAAAUGUGCUUUGCCGUAAGCUUUUAUUUGUGUAAUAUAAAAAUGUGUGAUUGGUAUUGCAAUAUAUUAUGGAUGUAUAACCUCAAUAGUAUUGCAUGAUGCAACUGAUUAUAUAUCAAGAGUGCCUCUAUAUUGUAAAAAAACAAUAAAAAUGCAUUAUGUAAACCAAUAAA